AUGCGCCUUUGUACGAUUCCGAGAUCACUCAAACUCUGGAUCGUAAGUGCUCACGCACCUACGGAAACUGUGGACGACCACAAGAAGGAUGCGUUUUAUGAUGAAUUCAACACGUUGAUAUCCAAGAUAAAAAGCCAGCAGGCGGUAAUUGUUGGAAUUGAUGCGAAUGCAAAGAUGGGACCUGAAAAAUACUACGAUGUGCUUGGAAAAUGGUUCUAUCCCUUGGUGCAGACAUCGGACAACGGAAAUCAUCUGAUAGACCUUUGCGAACAGACCAGAGGAAUCAUCGAUGCCGUCUGUUUACGUGGCGUGGGACCUUUUCUGUUCAACUUUGUCGUCUAUGACAUAAUGCGAAGAACAGUUGAGCAGUGUCUCGCCGAUGUCAUUCUAGCACCUUUUGCACGUACCUUGGUGGAUCUCGAGUAUGUCGACGAUGUAACCCUCAACGGGAAUCAGGUAGAUGGACAACCUAUCGAACUCGUGGAUGAGUUCUGUUAUCUGGGCUGUAUGCUGAAAAACGAUGGCAGCUACGGGAGAGAUAUUCAGCAAAGAUGCGCUGAAGCUAACUCGGCAUUCACCUCAUUGACCAAGUGUGCGGUGUCAACUCCCAUCGCCAACGAAGUCAAGCUGCCAGUCUACCUAUCCGCAAUUCUCUCAUCAUGA